AAAAAACUGACAAUUUCCGGAAGAAGGAAGCGGGGGCUUAGAGUUCUCAAUGGAACCGCGUUUCACGGGAACAAAACCCACUUUACCUCCGCUCCGUCCCCGUGUGGAAGCAAAAGAAAAGAUGCAGUUUCCUUGCUUCACGUGUCUCUCUGUUAUUUCUAACUGUCGAUUCAUUUUCUCUCUCUGAUUUUUUUUUUCUUUUCGUCUCAAAAAAUUUAGGGAUCAAUCAUCCUAAAUUCUCUCAAUCUCUAUUUUUUUUAAAAAAAAAUUGUUGAGAAAAAAAAGAAAAAAAAGGGAAUUGCAAAAUGAAUAUCUUCAGAUUUGCAGGUGACAUGACUCAUUUGAUUAGCAUCUUAGUGCUUCUCCUCAAAAUCUACGCUACCAAAUCUUGCUCAGGUAUUUCGCUAAAGACUCAGGAGCUAUAUGCGCUGGUGUUUUUGACUCGCUACUUGGAUCUGUUCACGGAUUUCAUAUCUGUGUACAACACCAUCAUGAAGCUGGUAUUCAUUGCCAGCUCUCUCGCCGUUGUUUGUUGUAUGAGAAUGCACCGAGUCGUGAGGCGUUCCUAUGACAAGGACCUGGACACAUUUCGUCAUUAUUUUCUUAUCUUGGCUAGCUUUGUCUUGGCGCUUUUGGUCAAUGAGAAAUUCACAUUUCAGGAGAUCUUCUGGGCAUUUUCAAUCUACUUGGAGGCUCUUGCUAUUCUUCCCCAGUUAGUUUUGCUACAACGAAGUGGAAAUGUGGAUAAUUUAACAGGGCAAUAUGUCUUCUUUUUAGGGGCUUAUCGUGCUUUCUACAUUCUUAACUGGAUCUAUCGCUAUUUUACAGAGCAGCAUUUUAGUAGAUGGAUAGCUUGCGUCUCUGGCCUUGUCCAAACAGUUCUCUACGCAGAUUUCUUCUACUAUUAUUUCAUCAGUUGGAAAAACAACGCUAAAAUGCAGCUUCCAGCUUGAGCAAAUCUGACAAAGUUGAACUUAUAGAGCAAAUGUACUGUUUUAAGCCAUUGGUUACAGUUGCUUUGAUUAAAAGUCUGGGUUUGUUGAUACUUGGAUGGGGAGUGGAGGAUACAUGAUAUGUAGCUCUCACCUAGAUUAGAUUAGUGCAGUAGUCAUAACAAUUCAUCGGCUUUUCCUUUUUUUUAACUAGUAAAGACACUAUUGCGACUCGGGAGAGGAUGAAAAAUGGAGCUAAUAAUGUAGUUAGGAGAUAUCUUGUCAAAUUCAUUUUUUUUUUUUUUUUGUUGAUGAAUACUUCAUUAAAUGCUAGCCACAAAUGUUAUGGAUUUUAAAUUGAAACUGGCUGAUUAUUUAACUCCCACAACCAUUCUCCAAGAACCCGUCUUAGAUAUGAUAGGCUUGGGCUGAAAGAUCCAAUGCCCAUGUUAUAAAUUAUUGGACCGAACCUGCUGAUCAUUAUCAUUAUUGUUAUAACCAUAGUAGUAUUCAAUGAUUUAAUAACCGGACAUUGAUAAAUUGACUCUUUCUAUGUGAAAAUAAUAAUUUUUCAUAAUGAUAUAUAGCUAUUAUUAUAAAUCAAGUUUCUAAAGUCAUAAGAGGUAGGCUUUUUGGAUUAGGUUUCAAUUGGAUGUCCGGAGAUUCAGUCACCAAGAAUUUUUUUUUCUCCAAAUCAUUCAAAUGAAGCAUUACUUGGUCAAGGAAAGUGUUAUUUUUUUUCAAUCUGCAUGUAAUCUUACAUUGAUUUCGGAGUAUAGAGUAACAUUUUGAAUGUAUCUU